CAGUGCUCUGACUCUUUCUCUGACAGAUGAUGGAAACACGGGUUCCCCAUCCAUAUUGGCCACGUAACCUGUCCAUCCCACACUACGUGGCCAAUGACCGUUCCAUGUCGGAGAUCCUGGUGUUCCUUUUCUCUGUGUCGGGGGCCUUCCUGGUGGCUACCUGGCUGAUAACUGGACGGCAGGGGGCCGGGGGCAGGCUGGGGGUUGGACGCCGUCUGGCCCUGUGCUGGUUUGCCGUGUGCGGCUUCAUUCAUGGCGUCAUAGAGGGCUGGUUCUCCCUCUACUAUGACAUCAUACCUGCCGACCAGAGCUUGCUGUCUCAGCUGUGGAAAGAGUACUCCAAGGGUGACAGUCGAUACGUAAUAGCGGAUAACUUCACGGUGUGCAUGGAGACAGUGACCGCUUGGUUGUGGGGCCCACUCAGUUUCUGGACUGUGUUUGCCUUCCUGACCAACAGGCCUUACAGAUUCAUCCUGCAGCUCAUCGUCUCACUGGGCCAGCUGUACGGAGCGGUUCUCUACUUCUACACGGAGCACAGGGACGGAUAUGCCCACAGCGAGCUCGGACACCCCAUCUACUUCUGGUUCUACUUUGUCUUCAUGAACAUACUGUGGAUCAUCAUCCCUCUGCUUCUCAUCACAGACUCCUGGAGACAGCUGUCGUCUGCCCAGAUUCACGCAGACUCCAGCGGGGCACAGAAGAAGAAGAGGAAGUGAGGAGAGGAACGAGAGUUAGAGACGUCCUUCCAAGGGGAGAGAAGGGGGAGAGAAGGGGGAGAGAGGGAAAAUUGGGAUAUGGGAGUGUCAAAUUCUACUUUAAUACUGUUGGAAC